AUGGCUCUGGUUCAACUGCAACGCUGGUGGCGCCGCUGCCUCCUCAAGCUCUACGAGGCCAAGGCCAAGUCCCUCGCCGAGCAGCAGCACAUGCUUGAGACGAAGAUCGCGAUCAUCAAGGCGCAGCUCGUGGAUCCGAACGCGAACUUGCCGAUGACGAGUCUCUACGACGGCCUUGAAGUCCUCCACGAGCAGCCCACCGAGGACAUCAACGCGUGGAUGAACGAGCACGAGAAGUUGCGCGCGGCGGUCUUUGACCAGCUGCAAGCGAUCAAGACCAAUGUCCAGUACGCGCAGCCGUCGCCGGCCGUCACGCCCGCGCGUCCGAGUCGUCCCAUCAAAGGCCUCUCUGCGCCGUCGCCCAAGACGACGCCGCGUCCGACGUCGCUGCCGUCACCGGCCCACUCGGCGGCGUCGUCGUCGUCGUUACGACACAUGGGCAAGAACGGCAUGCACCCGCUCCAAGAUUCACUCGAAGGCAUGGAAAAGUCGUUCCAUAUCCUGCUCCGCGUCAUGCGCGUCAAAGUCCCAUCGUCCAUCAUCGUGUCGCACCAAAUCCAGCAAACGAUCGUCCGCCUCCUCUCCGAGAUCCACGAGCGCCUCGACGAGACGAUGCAGAUCCAGUCGUCGUCCAUGCUGGACGAACCACCGGCAACGCCGAAAGCGUCGUGGAAGACGAUGACCCACACAGACGCGCUCUUGCCGUACACGCUCGGGUCGGACCCAUGGAACCGGCUGUGCCGCGACUGGGCGCAAGGCAGCGAGACCAAGGUCGCGUCCCUGCACCGGUGGCUGGAUGCGGCGCUGCACAAGCCCACGAACUGCCUCAAGCCGAUCGAGCUCCAGUGCCUCCACCCGGUCGUGCUCGAAGGCUUUCUCAAACUCGUUGUGCCAGCGUUGAAGGCCAAGCACGGCAACAUGGUCGUGCAGACCAAGCCGCUCACGGGCACACUCCUCCGGCUCCAGUUCCAGUCGUCGCCGUCGACGCCCAGCAGUACCGUGUACAACAUGCGUGGCACCAUGGUCGCGUAG